AUGGCACAAGAUCUUGCUAGUAUUCAUGGGACUGAAAAAGACAAAGUUAAUUGUGCAUUUUUCUUCAAAAUUGGAGCAUGUAGACAUGGUGAUAGUUGUACAAGAAAUCAUUUUCAACCAGAAAUAUCAAGAACGAUAUUAUUAACACAUUUAUAUGACAAUCCAUAUAUCCACAAAGAAGAAAGUUCAAUGACAGAAGAUGAAAAGAAAAAAAUAAAAAAGGAUUUCAAUAUUUUUUAUGAAGACAUUUUCAAUGAGUUAGCUAAACAUGGAGAAAUUGAUGAAAUGCUUGUUUGCAGAAAUUUAAGUGAACAUAUGACAGGAAAUGUAUAUGUAAGAUUUAGAGAUGAAAAGAAUGCAUCAGAAGCAAUGAAAUUUCUUCUUGCACGAUAUUAUGCAGGGAGAAUGAUACAACCAAGUUAUUCACAUGUCACUGAUUUUAAAGAAGCACGUUGUAAACAAUAUGAAUCUGGAGAAUGUGAUAGACAUGGAUUUUGUAAUUUUCUUCAUGUAAUUGAACCAAAUCACAGUCUUCAGCGGAAACUUUUUGAACGACAACCAUUAAGACAAAAACGGAUUAGAAAUGAAUUUCAAUUGAGAGAAGAUAUUCCACGACAUUCAGAGACAUCAACAACAAGAAUAGAACCAGAUUUAAGAAGUAGAUUUGAAAAUGAUAAACAUUGA